AUGUGUUCCUCUGGAGAGCUGCAUUUUGGGGCUCUUUUGUUUUCAUUGGAGGACAGAAGGCGUCUCUCUUCCAUGUUAGUGUCUGUUUGGGAUCCUUCCCGAAAAUCAGCCGACCCAUCUCUUACUUUCUCGUUUCCUCUAGAUAAACAUCACAGAGGAAAUAAUACAGAAAGACACCCCGUAACCUGUACAGAUGGUGGAACAAGUCCAGUAGCAAGCCCCGUUAUUCCAGCUCCCCAGCGGGCUCUUGGUGGUACAGAUUUGCCUUAUGACCCCUCUACACGUGGGGUGUCUUUUACUGAACGUUCCCAUCCCAUCACCCACCACAUCACCCAGAAGGUUGGCUCCACAUUCCCACAUCCUGCUUAUGAUAAGUGUUUUUCCUCUGGCGUAAAGCUGAUUUCCCAUCAGACAACUCAGACAGGAGAGCACCCAUAUGCCUGUUCCGAAUGUGGGAAGGUUUUCGUCCAAAAGUCCCACCUGGUCACCCACCAACGGAUCCACACAGGCGAGAAGCCUUAUUCCUGCUCUCUGUGCGGGAAGUGCUUCACGGACAAGGCCAACCUGUUACAGCACGAAAGGAUCCACUCUGGCGACCACCCGUUUUCCUGUUCUCAGUGCGGGAAGUCAUUCAAGCAGAAGGCCCACCUAGCCAUCCACCAACGGACUCACACGGGGGAGAAGCCAUAUUCCUGCACCUUGUGCGGGAGGCGUUUCACCCAAAAGUCGGACGUGGUCAAGCACCAGAGGGUUCACACGGGGGAAAAGCCGUAUGCGUGCUCAGAAUGCGGGAAGUGUUUUACGGAGAAGUCGGCCCUGGUGAGGCACGAGAGGGUCCACACGGGGGAGAAGCCGUAUUUGUGCCCUCAGUGUGGAAAAGGCUUUGCCUAUAAAUCGGUCCUGGUCAAGCAUCAACGGAACCACACGGGGGAAAUGCCUUAUUCCUGUGCGGAAUGCGGGAAGUGCUUCAAGCAGAAGUCCAACCUUGUCACGCACCAGAGGACUCAUACGGGAGAGAAACCGUUCUCCUGCUCCGAAUGCGGCAAGUGUUUUUCCAGGAAACUCUAUCUGGUCUCUCACCAGCAGCUUCACAGGUGA